GGCGGGGGCGGGGCCGGUUUCGCCCCUCAGAAGUCGGUUCCUGAGCGCGCGGGGCUGGCGCCUCUCGCCUCGCGCAGCCAUGGAGCGGCUGACCUUGCCUUCCGGCGGCGCCGCGGCGGUGGACGAGUACCUGGAGUACCGGAGAAUUGUUGGUGAGGACGAUGGAGGGAAACUUUUUACUCCUGAAGAAUAUGAAGAAUACAAAAAAAGAGUAUUACCUAUGCGCUUACAGAACAGAUUAUUUGUGAGCUGGCGGUCACCAACUGGAAUGGAUUGUAAGCUUGUGGGUCCAGAGACACUAUGUUUUUGUACACAUAGGUAUAAGCAACAUAAAACUGACUUUGAAACGAUUCCACAGCAACGCCCCAUCAGUCUCCCUUGCCGAGUGAGCGGCUGUGGGUGCAGGGCGUACCUUUACGUCCCUCUGAACGGCGCGCAGCCCAUUCGCUGCAGGUGCAAGCACUUUGCGGAUCAGCACAGCGCUGCACCCGGCUUUCUAUGCAAUGCCUGUUCCAAGUGUUCGGGAUUCCAUAGUUGCUUCACUUGUGCUUGUGGUCAGCCUGCAUAUGCUCAUGACACAGUCGUGGAAACUAAGCAAGAAAGACUGGCUCAGGGAAAGCCAGUGGGGCAGGAUGUCCCUUAUGCAGCAAUGGGAGGCUUAACAGGCUUCAGCUCACUGGCAGAAGGCUACAUGCGUUUAGAUGACAGUGGGAUUGGUGCACCUUCGAUUGAAUUAUUAGAUUCUCCAGCUACAGCCAUGGACCACCCAUUUAUAAAAGCAUUUCAAACAUCAUCUAGUUCUUCUCCACUGACAGAGGUAGGUACAAGUAGUCAAGUUUCUUCCUUAAAGAGACCUGAAGAGGAUGAUAUGGCUUUCUUUGAAAGACGAUACCAAGAAAGGAUAAAAAUGGAAAAGGUUGCUAAGCAGAAAGGAAAAGCACCAUCAAGUACAAAACCUUCAUGAAGACCAUUGGGAAAAUUAAAACCAUCAUCCAAUUAGGUAUCCUCUGACAGUGUGGCUUAGGAUUGCCUACUGGAGCCCCUCUGCCAUCAUAGAUGUGUGAAAGAUAUGGAGGAGUUAAUGACCUUGGGGCCACCCUUGACUUAUGAAUAAAUGCUCUCUCUUCCAUCAGCUGGGAGAAUUCUGAGAUGACUUUCAUAAGGCAUUUUCUUCAGAAAAUUCUUUGGGAUUGAGUACCAGUCACCUCUAGCAGUGGCCAACUCUGUAAUACAUUCUUAUGUUAGCUUUCUUUAACUUCUCCCUUUCUCAUCCAUCUCUCUGGUUCUCUCAGAUUACUUCUCAAAGAAAUACCUGUAUGUGAGUAUUUGUCUUGGGCUUCACUUUUGGGUGGUGGGUAAACACAAGCCAAGAGGGAUACCAGGAAUGGCCUUAAAAAGCAAAUCCUCUGGAUGGGAGUCUAUGACUGGAUCAUUCGCUGGACAGAUGACAAUAAAGACCCCAUGGCUAAUAGUAAAUGGCAUAGUGAUAACUCCUGUCAUGUGGAUGGGUCACAGUUAUUGUACUGGAUUUGGGUAGAGUGCUGGUGGAAGGUGAAGUAUUACAUUAUAUAGUAGCUAUGGCAUUACAGUGGAAUGGAACUAAUGGAAAUGAUAAAGAUAAAGGUGUUGGUUAGUUUUUAUUAACUGCUUUAACAACCUCGAAAA